AUGCAAGCUGCCGGAACGCACCGUCACCAUCGCCCCAUGGGCACUCACCAUCGCUCUCACUCGGGCCAAUCGUACACAGGAGCGACGGCAGGGUCCAUACGGAGAAAGGCCAGCGGAGGGAGAGGAUACGAAGAGAGACCGGUGCACCCCCCAGGUCCAUGGGAGCAGAUGACGAACACAUACUCGUGGGUUGUUGAACAAGAGAUCCUCCAUCGGCCCAAGGCGAGCCGCAAGCCAACAGAAGAAUGGGUUCUCAAGCAGCAAAUCUACUUCCCCGAAGAGGAGGACCUUUGUUCGAGACGGUACAUGCCAAGCCGGUCGUCGAGCAUGCGGAGGGAAGUCCCGCCGAGGAGGACAUGGGAGGAGGUGGUGUAUCGGUACGAGAUAGACGCUGAAAGGUGGAUGAGACACGAGGCUGAGGUUAGGCGGCUUGCCGAGGAAAGGCAGAGAGCGCAGGCAAGGAUUCAAGAGGAGAUCAGAAGAAUAGAUGAGAGGAUCCAACAGCGGCGUGCUGCAGAGAAGAGGUUGAUCGAGGAGUAUAGAAUGCAGGGCUGGGCCACCAUGAGGGAGAGGGAAAGAAGAGAGCAGCGGAGGAUGGAGAAGGUCGUGUUGGAGAGCUGGGAGAAGUACGAAGCUCGCUGGGCCGAGCUCGGGGCGUCGACAGAGCUGUUGUCGUUCAGGAACAUUCCAUGGCCUUUGAUUUCGCCACCGAAGAGUAUCGAAGAUAUUACGCCAGCCGCCAUCCAGACAUUCCUUCUGUCUCCUGCACAUUCUCAGACCACGUCGUCGAAAGAUAGGCUUCGGAGCGCACAAUUGCGCUGGCAUCCGGACAGGUUCCGCCGCCUACAUAAUCGCAUCGAAGAGUCUGAGAAAGCAAUGAUUGAAGAGGGCGCUGGGGUUGUCGCGAGGUGUCUGAACGAGCUGAUGGAGCGGGAGAAGAGCAAGCUAUAG